AUGGGCUUGGAGUUUGGAGUUAAGUCUCUGCUGCUGCUGCCAUGGACUCCCAACCCAUGUGGCUUGUCCUUUAACAGUAUUUGCUACCCCAAAGACAGAGGAGCAGGGAGCUGGGACCCAUUCCUGCUCACCCUGCCUCGCCUCAACAGUAGCUGUGCCAGCAAAAGUGCCCAGAUUGGGCCUCAAUGCAAAACCACUGUUUGCUCCCUCUGCAUGUCCAGUGGGAAGAGCUGCGGAACAUCCAAGCUAGAAGAAGAGGUAGACUUCACAAGGAGAAGGCAUUCCUUUGAGCAUAGAUUUCAGAGGCAGGCUAACUCCACCAAGGACACCCAGGGCGCACAGGCACACAAAAAGUCUGCGGAGCUCCUUCAGAGGAAAUCUGAAGCUCAACAAUAUAAUUUGAAAGUAGAAAAGCAAUUGGGUCUUUGUCCAUCUUCUGCUGAGUCAAACCACAGCCAGACCACAGAGCUGAGAAGCCAUGGAGAAGAGCCUAGAGUGCAGGAGCUGCAGUUUAGGAAAAAGGAAAUGAAAGACCAGGAAUAUUGGAAACAGUUAGAGGAAAUAUGCCAGCAGUACCACAGUGACAUGCAGGAAAUUAGGAAGAAGAUGGGGAGAGAGUUGGAGGAGAGCUCCAAAAUCAGCCACAAGACCUAUCUGGUGAAGAAAAGUGCCCUGCCUGUUGACCAAGAUGCUCCUGAGGGUGACGCACCUGUGCAGGACAUUGAAAGAGCCUUGAAAAAUAUUAGGCUUGAGAACAUAAAGGAAAGUGAGAUUCCAGAAAAGAAAUAUAAAGCUAAGAGAGGGGUAAAGUUCAAAAUUCAUUUAGACGAGUGUGUAUCUGAUGGAAACACUGUCCAAGAAGAAGAGACAAUGGACAUACUAAAUGAAACUUUGACCUUUAAGGACAGCAUAAAGUUUAAGGGAUAUGACUGUGGAAAGGAGCUUGAAGAUGACCUAGACAAAGCCUUGGAAAAACUUGGCCCAGAAGCAGAGCGUUUCACUCAGGGUGCUGCAGCUGCAGGAAACAGGAGGCAGUGGGAUUGCAGAGCGCCUUGGACUCUACUGCAAAUGAUGGCAGCAGCUGACAUUACUUCUACCUGCCCCACUGGUCCUGACGAUGGCCAAGUUAUUGUGAUGGAAAGUAUUCCAGAAAGUAGGAAGCAGUGGCAGCAUGAAGCACCAGGAACCUUAUUGAGUGUUUUGGCAGCAGCAGAUCUAACAAGUAGCUCUUUUUCUGCUGGUGAAGGAGAACCUGUAAGAACAUUGAAGCAAUGGCUUCUGGGAGAAGAUGUGGGGAAGGUAGAAAUGGCUUCCUGCAUUGAAGUAGCUGGGGAACUGCUGGAACCAGCAUCUGAUGAUGAUGAUACAAAUUUUGAAGAAUCUGAAGAUGAGUUGAGAAGCAAAGUAAUAGAAUCCUUUGAAAAACUUGCUACUUUCAAAGGAGGAAACAUGGAAGAAAUUUCCAGUAUCUUUAAGGAUGCUUCAAUGUCAGGAGAGAGAAGGAGGUUAAGUGUAACAAAAUCUGAUGAAUUGAAUGAAGGUGUAGAAGCUGUUUCUAGUCCAGCUAAUGACCAAAUUUGUGUUGCUGAUGAGGACUAAAGAACA